GGUAACUGUUGAGUAUAGUCAGUUGCCAGAAAAGUAGCGAAUUGUGGUUGUAGUUUACAAAAAACCACCACUCAAAAAUGACAGUAAUGGAUUUUUUUGGCUGUGCCUUACUGGCUUUUGGACCUCCACUGACCAUGUUCACCUUCACCAUAGCAGUUGAACCUAUACGUAUUAUUAUACUAAUAGCCAGUACAUUUUUCUGGCUCAUUUCUUUACUGCUAUCAUCCAUGCUGUGGUACAUGAUCACACCGCUGCAAAAGUAUCUCUGGACUGGAAUACUUUAUUCUGUGACUCUUCAAGAAAUAUUUAGGUAUCUCCUUUACACAGUUAUGAGAAAAGCAGAAAAGGGCUUGGAAAAAGUCACAACUGCCCAUGUAUCAGAGAGCAGAGACGUGUUUGCAUAUGUAUGUGGUCUAGGAUUUGGUGUAAUGAGUGGUGCCUUUGCUUUGGUCAAUGUUCUUGCUGAUGCUAUUGGACCAGGAACAAUGGGACUUUACCAGGGCAACGAAUACUUUUUCUUGAUAUCGGCUGCUACAACCUUGUGCUUUAUCCUACUUCACACCUUCUGGGGAAUAAUUUUCUUUUCUGCUUGUGACGAGAAAAACUGGUUCCAAGUUACUUGGGUUGUUACUUCGCACAUGUUUGUCUCGUUCAUGACAAUUCUCAACAGUUAUCAACUCUAUGCUGCAAGUCUGUUUACCGUUUAUACUGUACUUUUGGUCAACACUGUUUUUGCUUUCAAUGUAGCAGGUGGUAGAGUACAGACUUUGCUUCAGUGUCUUAUUAAGAAAUGAGGGCAAGAAUUUUCUUAUUAGUAAUUGUGUGCUGCAGUUCUUACUUUAUCUAAAUUAUGAU